CCUCUCGUUGCUACGCUACCAGAGCCUGUGUGUAGAUGCCCGUUAGCCCAAACAGUUAGCUUAGCUAGCUAACUGAGCUGGCGGCUCAUUUUCCGUGUUUUUAGCUUAUUUUAUUAUAAAAUAAAACUAGACACUAUGACACUAACGCCGAUUAAAGAUGGCGAGUACACCGCCACAGUCUAUAAAAUGAUCAAAGAUGGCCGAUAUGGAGAUGCUAUACACAUACUGAGCAAUGAACUUCAAAAGCAGAUGAAAUCCAGGGCUGCCUUAUCUCUGCUGGGCUAUUGCUAUUACCACAUGCAGGAUUUCACCAAUGCUGCUGAGUGUUAUGAGCAGCUAAUUCAGCUGCAUCCAGAGGUGGAGGACUACAAACUCUACUAUGCUCAGUCCCUGUAUGGAGCGUGUGCUUUCCAAGAGGCAAUGAAGGCUACCUUUACUCUGGACAACCCCACAAGUCACACUAAGAUGAUAAAGCUGCAAGCUGCUAUCAAAUAUGGAGAAGAGGAUUUUCCUGCAGCAAUGGCCCUGGUGGAGCAGCUGCCCGUGGAUGACCCGGACACCGAUGUGGAUCAGGGCUGCUUGCUCUACAAGCUUGGGGAGUAUGAAAAGGCUUGCGUGAAGUUUGUGACCGCUAUGCAAGUGCUGGGCUAUCAGCCAGAUUUGGCAUACAACAUCGCCCUCUGUCACUACAGCCUGAAGCAAUACGCAGCAGCGCUCAAGUACAUCGGAGAAAUAAUUGAGCGUGGGAUGAGAGAGCAUCCAGAACUUGGAGUGGGUAUGACGACAGAAGGCAUUGAAGUAAAGAGUGUCGGAAACACACUCGUGCUGCAUGAAACGGCAUUGAUUGAGGCUUUUAAUUUAAAAGCAGCCAUUGAGUACCAGCUGAAGAAGCAUGACGCUGCCCAGGAGGCACUGACUGAUAUGCCGCCAAGAUCAGAAGAGGAGCUGGAUCCAGUCACCCUUCACAACCAGGCUCUGAUGAACAUGGACACAAAGCCUUCAGAGGGUUUUGAGAAGCUGGCUUUUCUCCUGCAGCAGAACCCUUUUCCACCGGUGACGUUUGGCAACCUGCUUCUGCUCUACUGUAAAUAUGAGUACUUUGACCUUGCCGCUGAUGUGAUGGCUGAAAACGCGCACCUCACUUACAAGUUCCUUUCAACAUACUUGUACGAGUUCCUAGAUGCUAUGCUGACGUCACAGACAUCUCCAGAAGAGGCUUUUCGAAAGCUGGAUGAAAUCGCUGCAAGACUAACCGAGCAAUUACGCAAGGUUACCAAACAGGUACAAGAGUCACGGCGAACGAGGGAUGAUGAAGGCCUGAAGAAAUCACUUGAAGACUAUGAUCAACUUCUAGAGGAGUACAUUCCUGUGCUGAUGGCACAGGCUAAGAUUUACUGGAACCGAGAGAACUACAACAUGGUGGAGAAGAUUUUCCGCAAGUCUGUGGAGUUCUGCAACGAGCAUGACACUUGGAAGCUCAACGUGGCGCAUGUGCUUUUCAUGCAGGAGAACAAAUACAAGGAGGCCAUUGGAUUCUAUGAGCCCAUUGUCAAGAAACACUACGACAAUAUCCUCAAUGUCAGUGCCAUUGUCCUGGCUAACCUGUGCGUGUCCUACAUCAUGACGAGCCAAAAUGAAGAGGCAGAGGAACUGAUGAGAAAAAUCGAGAAAGAAGAAGAGCAGGUGUCUUACAACGAUCCAGACAAGAAGGUGUUUCAUCUGUGCAUUGUCAACCUUGUGAUUGGGACUUUAUAUUGUGCUAAAGGGAAUUACGACUUCGGAAUUUCCCGUGUGAUAAAGAGUCUGGAGCCGUACAACAAGAAGCUUGGUACGGACACGUGGUUUUACAUCAAGAGAUGCUUCCUCUCCCUGCUGGAGAACAUGGCCAAGCACAUGAUCAUGCUGAGAGAUACUGUGGUCCAAGACUGCGUCCAGUUUCUGGAAAACUGUGAACUGUACGGGAGGAAUGUGCCAGCCGUCAUCGAGCAGCCCCUGGAGGAGGAGCGCAUGCACAUCGGCAAAAACACGGUCACGUACGAGGCCCGCAUGAUAAAGGCUCUGUUCUAUGAGGUCAUUGACUGGAACGAUUAGGGUUGUUGUGGGUAUCAUAACCCUGUACAGUUGGAGUUUGUCAAGAAAUCUUAUAAAUUGAUUCAUCAGUGAUCAUCCAGAUGCAGUCAAUCAGCAAAGACAGGUUUGAUAUCUAGUACAGUACUGUGCAAACAUUUUAGGCACCAAAGCAAAUAACACUAAUCCAACACUAAUCUCCGAAAUAUGAGUGUUUUGACCUGAAAAAACACCACUUAUGAUUUAAACAGAUGCAAAUAAACAUACAUACAGUAAAACAUAACAAGGAAUUCUCAUUUUUAACUAAGUAUGUUAAAUCCUGUGAGCCGAGCUGAAGAAGGUGAAAGUGUAGAGAUUCCAGAUUUCUCCUGGAUGCUCCUCAGCCAGCAUGUGUAUAUUAUAUUCAGUUCCAUCAGCAGCUCACCUGAUUUACCACAUUUACCAGUAAUUUACCAAACCAGGUGUUGAUUAAUAUGAUGAGAGCUGGAAAUAACUCUAUUAAACUCAGAUGAGGAGGAGAGAUUAGGAGAUGUUUUAAGAAAAACAGGGUUGUAAAAGCUGCUCUGCUUUUUGUAAAAUUGCUGUUUGUAUUUAUUAUAAUGCUGCAAUGUGUUUUACUGAGCUAAUAAACACUUACUGCCCAGAUAAGACACUUAUUUUUUACUAAAAUUCCCAAAGGUGCCUAAAACAUUUGCACAAUAAUGUAUAUCUAGCAAACACUAGACUUUCACUGUCAGUUAUAGGCCUGUCACAAUAAUUACAUGCAUUAUCAAUUUCAAUAUCAUCGCACUGUAUAUGUUUUCUGAACAACAAGGUUAACAUAAACAAGAUGGUGUAUCACAUAUAAUGGUCUUAAAACCACAAUAAUAUUGCUAACUACGCUUAUUUAUUACUUAUUAAUAUAUACACUACUGGUUUUAGAACACCCCUAUUGUUUAAGUUGGCCAAGAUAAGCAGCUUUUUUUAUUGUGUCAUCUUAGCAAUUACUUACUAUUACUGCUCCUGACAGAUCUCUAAUUUUUCUCUUCACUGCUAAAACUAAGACUCAGUCCAAUCAUGUUAAUCUAAGCUAAAGGUUAAAGCUGUUGCCAUGUGGUCAGCCAGACGUCUUCCUGUCUUUUGAAAGUGUUGGGAACAGUACUCACCGCUCUUAGGCUUCUUCUGUAAUUUCUCUAAAGAAAAUACUUUACUUUUAAUAUUUACAGAGUUUUUUACAAUACUAAUUUUUUUCUUUCAGUGUAUAGUUUAUUUGUUUUGUUUUUUGGAAGUUUACUGCAAGAUUUUGUACACUGGAUUUUGUAGCAUUUCCCUUUAUUCACUAGACCUGAAGAGAUUAAGUGGCUAAAAUAAAGGGGGAAAAAUAGGGGUGUUAUAAAACCUUUGAUUGGUAGUCUAUAUGAUCCAAUAAAAAAAGUGAUCAAGACAGACAUAGUCAGCAGUUACUCUGUAAAUACAUGCCCCAUAAAAUAUAUUAAAUCUGCUCAUAACACAUUUUUUUAAUCAUUUUUGUAAAUAACAUCAUUUAAAUACAGUAUGAAAUUACAUAAGUACAUGUAAACAUAAAUAUGGCACCUAAUUUGAAACAUAUGUACAUAACAGGAUUAGUAUCUAAAUGCUAAAUCACUAUUUUAGCUUUAUGCAUCAAAUACAUUGAAAUUAGAUUAGUGACAGUACGCAGAAUAAAAAAGCACACAUUAGAUAUCAUGCAUGUCUUUGCUGAUUUUUUUUUUUUUUUUUUUUUU